AUAACUAACUUCCUGUAAAAUGAUUGAAUUUUCUCGGAAGAAAAAAUCCAAAAUAUUUGGGGUUUUAUUACAUAGGGGAACAUUAUGACUUCCUCAAUAGACACCCCUAUAUUAAUUGAUUCAGACAAUGAUAGUGAUGUUGAGAUUCUACGUGAAGAGAGAAACGAAGACUUAGACAUCAUAUUUGUCUCAGAAACAAUACAUGUUAAGGAAGAAGAGAAACCUUCUGCAGAGAAUAUCAAGUCUGAAAGUAAACCAUGUGACACAAGUUUUAAUCGCAGCCUGAGUAUUUCAUCAAAUUUAGAUUUGACUUUACGUUUAACUGACAAUCCAACACCACCUUCGGUUGAUCAGACACCAUGUUCAAACACAAAUUCUUCAAUGUCAGCCAUUGAUCAUGCUCCACUGGAUUUGUCAUCUAAAGCAAAAUAUGAUGACAUCACUGACAGUUCAGAAGAAGGAUCCUCAGAAGACGAUUACGAUGAAGAUGAUGAUGAUGACGAAGAUACUGGUAGCGACGAUCCAUUCGCUAUAAAAGGACCAGACAAUGGUGGAAGUAUACUGUCAAUGCCAAGACUAUACAACUCUGACCAAACACAACCAUCAAACUGUUGCUCUAAACCACAGUCUUUCAAUAUAUCAGAUAUUUUAUCUACUGGAAAUUCUACACAGGGAAGAAAAAAACUGCCUAGUCAGAUAAGAGUUUUAAAAUCUUAUAACCAAACAUUACAACCAAUUGAUUCAGUGUCAAGUUACCAGAUCAAACAAGACUGCACUCAGUCAGUAUAUAGUUCUAUGACAAGUGCAGGCCCACAACAAACUCAGCAUCAAAAUAAUGAUCAAUCAACACAAUCUAUGGCCCAACAAACAAUAUGCAAUAGUGUGCAUUAUCAGCAAACAUUGACUUUGAAAGAGUCACAUGAUAAAAUGCAAAGUCAACAAGGGAUUUGGAACCCGUCAGACCAUGCAAGUCAAUCAAAUCUUUCAACAUCAGGGACAAAUUCCGUUAAUUGUAAUCCAUCGUUUUCAUCCUCACCCAACAAAACAGUGACUGAUAUUUGUGAUGAAUUACUCCAGGAUCUUGAUUUUCUUAAUAGUUCAAACAAUUCUUUGUCAUCACAUUCAAAAUUGUGUAAAACUACAUCAUCUGGGGACCAAGAAUUAAAGACAUCACCUCCAGCUGUUGGAAUCAAACGAACAUUAUCUGAACAAAAUCUCAAAUCAAAAUCUGAUGAUAAAAUACUGCCUCCAAAGAAACAAACCCGAUAUCUUUAUCACCAGAGUAGUGAAGAGACGCAAUCCUCAUCCUGGGGAAGUGAGAAAUGUAGUCAAUGUCAGAUGUCUCUGCUCGGUCUUAAACUGUCACGUUGUCUUCAAGGCCAUCCUUCUUGUACCACAUGUCUUGAAGAAAAGGUCAAGGUUGUAUUGACAGGAAAAGCAAAAGAAACUUUACAUUGUCUGAAACCUGGCUGUAACAGUUACUUUCCAAUUGGUGAAUUGAAUCAGUCUUUACCAAAGAUGGUUGUAGAUAUAUUAGAGACAAAACUUGAUGAUGAUUAUAUAGACUAUAUUGCUAAUAUGAUACUUAAGAAUGCCUCAUCAUCAGAGGACAGUGGACACAAUAUUAACUCACAAGAAGUACCGUCUGUGCCAGAAAAUAGGUCCACAGGCUGUACAGCUGACAAUAAACUGGAGAGAAAUAAAGAUCUACCUGACAACUGGACUGUUAUGGACAGGAAAAAGACACAUGAUUUAAUUGCCUUGGAACCUGAAUCUCCAGAAUAUGUAGAUGUGGUAUUUAAGUUCCAUGAAUCAAUGAAAUUCCCCUUAGCUGAUAUUUGUAAAGUUUCCAGAAUUCAAAACCCUAUACUCUGGCAAUUUUUUAAUGUAAAAAGAUCUGAAAUGAUUCAAGAGAAUGAUGGGAUUGAUGUUGAAGAAAGAAAACUGUUCCAUGGCACUCAAGCAGCAAUUGUUGAAUCCAUAUGUAAGAAAGGAUUUGAUUGGAGAGUCUGUGGAAAGAAUGGAACAGUCUAUGGUCAAGGUUGUUACUUUGCUGUAAAUGCCAAUUAUUCACAUCAGUACACAGACAAACCAACUCGACGUAAUCGAUUACCGAGACCAUUCAUGCCCGUUCCACCUCCGGCUCAUUUCCAUAUACACGGAGGGACAGGUCUAAUGGUGCCAAUAAUGGUGAACCCUCUAUCAAUGAACCUAGGACCAGGACAAUUCGGACAACAGCCAAAUAAUAAUAGUGCAUCACAAAAUUUCCAACAAUUACGAGUAUACACACGUCCUAGUACUUCAUCGAAUACAUCCCAGGGUAAUUGUUUACUUUACACCAACAUACAGGCUGGACAACAAGUCUCAACACAAAACAAUGGUGCUAGUGGACAGAGGGCAGUUGGUUCUCAAUCGCCUUCUGUUAUUGUCAAUUCACAAUAUGGUCAACCACAAGUUGUUUACCAAUCAAAUCCUGCUCCUCCACCAAUGGUCAUGCCUGAAAUACAGGAAGAAAAACCCAUGCAUAGAAUGAUUCUCAGUCGAGUCCUUGUUGGAAAAUAUACCGGUGGAAAUGCUAAUUACAGAAAGCCUCCUCCUUUGUUUGCAGACGAUCCGUCAGGGAGGUACUAUGACUCAUGUGUUGAUCACAUUCAUUCCCCUAAAAUAUUUGUUAUAUUUGAUAGUGCUCAGGCUUAUCCUGAGUAUUUAAUAGAGUAUAACAUACUGAGUGAAUGAUUGGUUGUAAAGAAGAUCACAUGACGAUCACAUUGAUGUUACUACUGUUAGUGAGUGUAUGAAACUAUUUCCUGUACUUUUUAAGGAGGAUGAAUUCAGUUAAGAGGUCGAACUUAUUGAUACAUUCACAGUUAUAUCUUGAUUGUUUUACUGUUACUUUUGUUAUUGUUAAGUGAUAUUUUAUGUUGAUCUUUAAAAGUACAGAAAUGUCGAUUUUCUCUUGUUGAUAGGAUCAAUCAUGUUAAUGAUUUUUUUUUUGGGGGGGG